GAUCCUCGACAUUGGGGCCAAAAAAUUAUUGAAGAGGAGGAAGAAGAAGAAGAUAGUGAAUAUGUUAAUAGACGUGCACGUGCAUUAUAUGAUUUUGUAGCAGAAAAUUCGAGUGAAUUAAGUUUUCAUGAAGGAGAUAUUCUUUUGGUGCAAUGUCGACAAUAUGAUGGUUGGUUAAUGGCUAAUUUAGGCGAAGAAACUGGUUUAAUACCUGAAAAUUACGUUAAGCUUUUAGAUGAUGAUGAUGAUGAUGAUGAUGAUGAAUAUGGUAAUUGGGCUGAAGAAGGAAAUAAUGAUGAAUAA